AACAACAAUUUCGCCAGGAAGUUUGGCGCUACCUCUCGGACGGAAUCUUGCGUCAUUUUUUUUUCACCCGGACCGGAUCAUCUCUGGUGUCCGCCAAGAUGGCGACCUGCAUGCAUGCCGUAUGGAAAGCUGUUGCAGGUUGUCGGCGGCAUCUCCUAAACGGCGGUGUUCCGGCCCUCCCUGCUUUUCCCUCCAGCAACAUUCCCAUCAGGACUUUUGCUGCUGUCAACUGCCCUAACUAGGUGAUGGAGAGUCUUGCGGCAGGAUGCGGUGCAGGCUCCGUACCACACAGUGAUGCAGUUGGAGAGGUCCUCAGUGACGUGUACUCCCAGGAACUUGGUGUUGCGCAGCCACUCCACCGCAGCACCGUUGAUGUUCAGGGGAGCAUGCUGGGAGUGCACUCUCCUGAAGUCCACAACAAUCUCCUUGGUUUUCUCCACGUUCAGGGAGAGAGAGUUUUCCGUCCACCACCUGACCAGUGUGCAUUCAUAGGUCAGCAGGGUGAAGAGGAGGGGGCUUAACAUACAUCCUUGAGGAGCCCCUUUGUUCAGGGUGAUGGUGCUGGAUGUGUUGCUGCUGACCCGUACUGCCUGCGGUCAUGGAAGAAGGGGAAGAAGGAAGAGGCGGCGACUCCGGAGGUGAAGAAAGAGAAGAUGGUGGUGAAUGACUCGGACAGGCACAAGCCCUUUGGAAAGACGGCGUGGGCGCCCGUGGAUGACGUUUACAUACUGAGGUACUACCCCAGGACCGUCUAUAGUGCUGCUGAAGCCCUAGCCCUGCUCAAGAGCUUCCAGGCUUUGGACUUCACCCCCCGUGACCAACCCGUUUACAUGGACCUCAAGCUUGACAUGAAAUUGGAGAAGAAGAAAAAGAUUGACCCUUUCGUGAGCACAGUGCAUCUUCCGCACCCUUUCAAGACAGAUGUGAAUAAAGUUUUGGUUUUUACUGAGGACGCUCAUCAAAAGAAAGUGGCUCAGGAGGGCGGAGCUUCAUUUGUGGGAGGGGCUGAGCUUGUUCAACAGAUCUUAGACGACGAAGUGGUGGCCGACUUCUAUGUGGCCGUGCCAGAAAUGCUGCAGAAACUCACGCCGCUGAAAAACAAACUGAGGAAGAAGUUUCCCAAGAGCAAGAGAGGCUCUGUCAGCGUCAACAUUCCCAAAAUGCUGUCACUGUUCCGGAUGGGCCACGAGUACGCGGUGGAGAGCGAGCGCUACGUCCGGACGCAGGUGGCCACGCUGGACUUUCCCACUGAACAAAUCCUUGCCAACCUGCAAACCAUCCUCAUCGACGUGUGCUCCCAUCGGCCUGCCAACAUGGGGCCCUUGAUCGAGCGUGCCAUCCUGUCCAGUCGCACCAGUGAAGCUCUGUGGUUCAACAAUGAACAACUUUUACCAAAAACACCUGAAGACAACAAAGACCAAUAACAGUCUCCUGUGUAUAUAUGUAUUUAAUAAACAUUUUGUUUUUGACUCCA